AUGUCGAUGCCGUCGAGUGGCGGUACUAUAUCGCGCCGGAGUGCGCCUUCGCGCCGCCGCGGGCCACAGCGUCAGCGCACGGCUGCAGCUGCGAACGCCGAGGACGACACAGAAGAAGUGCGUGCACUGCGCGCCAAAUAUCCGACACAGCUUGCGAUGCUCUCUGAGCUUUUCCCAUCCUGGACAGACGAGGACUUGCUAUUUGUGAUUUCCGAGAGCAGCGGCAUUGUGGAAGUGGCAGUUGGCCGCAUUAGCGAGGGCCACGCCGAGCAGUUUUCGUCGGUCAAGUCCAAAAAGACACAGCGGAAAGAGGCAGCAGCAGCUGCUGCGGCGGCGACGCCUUCGGUAUCGUCGUCAGAUGCACAUCCAAAUACUGCUGCUAGUGGGUCUGGACCUGCGGCUGCAUCGACGACGACGACGCUGACGUCUGCCUCAGCCACAACCACUCCAGGCGCAGCCCCAGGCGCUGUUCCUGACGCGACGGCUGGUGCGGCGAUCACCACGUCAGUUCCCGGGUCUACUACCACACAGUCUCUGCCGACCCACUCACAAACACAUGUAGCACCGCCCAUCGCUGGGGCAGGCGGUGUACUUCCAGAAGGCUCGCGCCGUACCGGACGCGGUGGCGAUCGAUCUUCUAGGGGACGCGGUGCUUCAACACCGGCUGCUCGCGCAGGUCGCGGCGGCUUCCGUGGUGUGGCGCGGGGCGGCGGCGUUUCUUCGGCUCCUGCGUCAGCACCGUCCGCACAGAGCCGUGCGAUGCCUGUCACGACAACGCCCGCCGCCUUUGGCGGCAGGCCAAAAUCAUCCUCCUCGUCGGAUACGAAGGCAUCUGGCACCGCUACGACGCCUGUGCCUGGCUCUUCAUCUACCUCUGCCCGCCCCACGACAAUGAGCUGGGCUCAGAUUGCGCGGCCAGCCGAGCCGAAGCCAGCAGCGACAUCCACAGCGACGACCACUUCUACCACAACGGAUCACCAUGGCUCACUCCCAGGCGCCGACUCGGCUGCUACCGCUACGGACGCGGCUGGUGCGCAUGCCACGCCGAAGACAGACACAGUCCUGUCUCCAGACACGUCCGCAACGGCAGGUGCGCCCACCCCUGGUCCAACUGGCGCCACAGAGGCAGAUGCACCGGAAUCGCGCCCAUCUGUGUCAGCUGCCACGUUGGCCCCAGCCCCAGGCCCAGCUAGUGCAUUCUCAGCUUCUGCUUCCACACCCUCUGCGGCAGCUGCGUCGUCUGUUCCUUCCCGUUCUGCACGUCCUCAGCGGCCUCGUCAAGAUGCCGCUGUCGUCAUGCCUGGCGGCACUUCGCUUGAUCAGCUUGACAUGAAGUUUGGCACACUCAACUUUAUGGCCAACGACAGUGGCGAUGUGCCAGAGUCAGGUCUUAGCACGCAUGCUGGCGUGCCCCUCGAUGCCAAGCAUGAGGACCAGCAGCCCGUGAGUGAUUUCGAUGCAUUCAAGAGCAAUGGAUUUGGCUUGGACAGUGCGUACGGCACCAGUCUGAGCACUACACGGCCCAUGGGCCAGGAAGCAGCUUCUGCUGUGGAUGAUACGAGUGUGCCGCUGUCGUAUGGCGCCAGUGGAAAUGUUGCCACAACCGCUGCUGGUGCCCCACAGGGCUACUCAUCGAUGUACGGCUUCGACUCACAUGAGCGGUCAUCGCACCCUUACACAACCGGUCUGCGUACCUCGACGUCCGCGGAUGAACGCACAGGGUCGCAAGUUGCUAGUCGUCCGAGCUAUGACAUGUCUGGUGCGGUAUCGCACGUGCCUCAGGGGGCAACGGCACCCCAGGGUCAGCCUCAGCAGCCAGCAGCCAUGCAUUCACACCCGUCUCAGGCACCGCACCAGUCGUCUCAGUCGCAAGCACAUCAGUCUCAGCAACAACAGCAACAGCAGCAGCAGCAGCAGCAGCAACAACAACAACAACAACAGCAGCAAGCUCAGCUGCAGGCUCAACAGCAGGCUCAGCAGCAGCAGCCAUUCCCCAAUAUGAUGCCAUACUACUAUCCUUACUACAUGCCGAACCAGUUCCAGCACUUUUCACCAGCUACUGGAUUUGGUCAGUACCCACUCUAUGGCGCUGCCCAGCCCCAGCCACCAUCGAAACUCGAUGCUCCUGCUCCAAGUCUUGCCUCGUACACGCAGCCCGACACCAUGGGCACGCCGUAUGGUACACAUACUCCGCCGCAGCCAUAUCACAGUGUGCCUAGUAUGUCGAUGCCAACGUACGAGUCACAAGGCUUUACCCAGCGCCUGGCAGGCUCGCAUGACUACAAGCUGCCAGGCAAUGACUCGAAUCACUCGCUGCCAGGUCUCAGCUUCUUUGCUGCUGCUGGCGCCCCACAGGGAGCACCAGCGCCUGGCCGCGCAGGCGCUGCCGCGGGCACGUCGAGCCCAUUGGACUACCGUGCCUUUGAUGCGAGCAAGUCGCCAGCCGCACGUCCAGCUAGUGUAUCGACGCCCGGAGCAGCUGGCAUGCCGCCACCACCGCCUCAGGGCAUGCCGGGACAGCAGGCGCCCAUGGCUGCGGCGGCUCAGCAACACCCAGCUUACUACCAACACUAUGCGGCUGGAUUUAACCAAGCUAGCCCGUACGACGGAUAUCAAUAUGGCCGUCAGCCAUACUGGGCGUAA